AUGGGAAGAGCACUGACGGGGACCGUUAUUAUUACGGGCGGCAAUGGGCAGCUAGGAUCAGAGAUCGCUGUGGCCAUUGCCAAAACACAGCCUUUCGUUCACCUCCUCUUGACGGCACGAAAUCCUAAAGGCGACGAUGUUCAAGAUCUCGCAUCACGGAUCCGCCUCAUCGGGCCACGAUCGAUCGAAGUAUUGGCGAUCGACUUGACCGACCUUCAAGAAGUCGCCAAAUUUGCCCAAAGCACAGUGGACCGCGUACACAGCAAAGAGAUCCCGCCGAUCGUCAAUCUCAUCCAUUCCGCAGCGAUUGCAUCCUAUACCGUCGACGAACUCACCCUCGACGGGUAUGACCCGGUAUACCAAGUCAACUGCGUCGCCCCCUUCCUCUUGACCGUCGGCCUGCUCGAGGCUUUCCGGGCCGGAGACGGAACACGAGAUGGCGGUGCCAAGGUGAUGUACAUUGGAUGCUCUGCAGCGUCUUACGGCAGACUCGAUUAUUUCGACCGCAGCCAAGGCCGAGACACGCGUCCGCCAGGAACCUUGUUAAGUGCGCGGGAAGGGAACAUUCGAUUUGGCAGUAGCAAAUUAAUCGCGAGUGUGGCGUUGUAUGCGCUACGUCGAAGUCUGGCCUGUACAGGGAAUAUCGCCCUCGACAUCUUCACCUUAGACCCGGGAGGCAUGGCGGGCGACUCGCACAUGCGGACGGGGGCGCCCUGGUCCGUCCGAGUUGCACAUCAGACGCGGACCGGACUCCGGCCCUUCCUGCGCAUGGUGUCCCGAAGUUCGAUCAACAAGGCCAGUGUUCCAGCCAAGGUGAUCGCCAGGGUCGCAUUCCAGGGGGACGCGGUUGAGAACUGCCAACGAGAGCGCUACUAUAUCCUCGACAGCGAGUACGAGGCCGCCUCAGUCCUAACGGCGCUGCGCGACGGGCCGCGGGUGGCUGGCCGGUUGAUACGGGUGAUGCAAGAGGUAGAGAAGACCAAGGCCAAGGGAUCGCCGACGUCGAUCAGCACACAAGCGACACCGAUGGUGUACAGCGAGUCGGAGGGUUCGCAUGGGCAUCACGCCUUUCCCAAGGGCUACUCGGCCUAUCCUCGCGGGUCGGCCUUUUCCAUCUCUCCCAAUCGCUUCCAACCUCGCUCGCAGCCCGCCUUCCGUCGCCGCCGACAGCUCUUUCAGCGACUGUUUCUGAUCGCCUGUGUCUCCCUUCUGGUGGCAGUCUGCAUUUUUCCCACCUGGCGCGCGGCUAUCCUCCCCACCUUAUCGCUCGGCCUCCUAGCCCCAUCCGAAGACCUUCAGCUCCAGACCGUCCGAUACUAUGAUCUCUCCGAGGUACAGGGAACUGAGAAAGGCUGGGAGCGCGGCGAGCGCGUUCUCAUGUUGACCCCCCUGCGUGAUGCCUCCUCGCACCUCCCAAUGUUCUUUUCGCACCUUCGGAACCUGACCUACCCUCACAAUCUCAUUGACCUCGCAUUCCUGGUCUCCGAUUCGCGCGAUGAUACCCUCAACAUGCUCUCGACUAUGCUCACAGAGAUUCAAAAUGACCCGGACCCAAAGAUGAGCUUUGGAGAGAUUUCUGUGAUCCAGAAGGACUUCGGCCAAAAAGUCCUACAGGACGUGGAGAGUCGCCAUGGCUUCGAGGCCCAGGCUAGUCGACGUAAGUUGAUGGCUCGGGCCAGAAAUUGGUUGCUGAGUGCGACGUUGCGGCCCACCCAUAGCUGGGUGUACUGGAGAGACGCAGACGUGGAAACGGCGCCAUUCACGAUCCUCGAAGACCUGAUGCGUCAUAACAGAGACGUUAUCGUUCCAAAUGUCUGGCGCCCACUUCCGGAUUGGCUCGGCGGAGAACAACCGUACGAUCUCAAUUCAUGGCAAGAGUCCGAAACAGCCCUGCAGCUGGCCGAUACACUCGACGAGGAUGCCGUGAUCGUGGAGGGAUAUGCCGAGUAUGCAACUUGGCGACCCCAUCUCGCCUACCUUAGGGAUCCCUACGGUGAUCCAGAUAUGGAAAUGGAGCUAGAUGGCAUUGGCGGUGUCAGCAUUCUCGCAAAGGCCCGGGUGUCCCGCGCAGGUGUUCACUUCCCGGCCUUCAGUUUCGAGAAGCACGCGGAAACGGAGGGAUUCGGCAAGAUGGCUCGGCGAAUGAACUUUUCAGUCAUUGGACUGCCUCACUACACGAUCUGGCACUUGUACGAACCAAGUGUGGACGACUUGCGACAUAUGGAGGAGAUGAAACUGGAACAAGAAGCUCGCGAGCAAGAAGAAAGGGAGCGCGAGCUCGCUGAACACAAGCAACAAAAACAUGGCAGCAAGCCCAAGACCCAGAACGCUGCAGGAAAUAAAGCAGAGGCCGCCAAGGGUUCGAACGAAGGCCCUGCUGCUCAACAUGCAUAG